AUGGAAGGAGAAGGUAUACAUCCGACAGAGGACAACAAUGCGAGGACAGAAGGGGCCGAUGGAGGUUCAAGUCCUACUACUCUGUCUGUGCUCAAGGACAGCACAAUGCAAGGCACAGAUGGCAGCCCUGCAUCACCAUCUCCAGAGGGAGGUAUCCAGGUAAAUGAUGAGGAAUCUAUAGCUUCCACAGAGACUACUCUUACCACAAAGGCAGACAGAGAAGUGCAAGAGUUGAUGAAAUCAGUUAUAAGUUCCUCUGAAACUACAUCUGUUGAGGACCAGUCAAGCUUCACUCAGGACGGUAGUGAUACAACAGAGAUACAUGUGCCAGAUCUGGACAUUAGCUUUGAGCAGUCGGAAACUGGUUCUGUUAUCGUUGGACAAAAUGCUCACCAUUCUGAUCAUGGUUCUGUCAUUGAAGGUGGUGUUGUUGGGUCAGAGAAUGGAUUAGUUACAGAAAUUGUUGACCAAUCAGAUGAAAGGUUUGCUAAGGAAGCAGUAGGUGAUGUAUCGGAUAAUGACAGUGGUAGCAAUAAGCUGGAUUCAUGGGAAGAUAAGUUAGAAUCUUCUACUACAAACAGAAAUCUAGAAGACAGUUAUCAUGAACCUCUGACUUCAGAUCACUCAGGUUUGAGUGCUGGUGGAGAUAAUGGUAUGCCAGAGGAGGGCGGGCUGAUUCAUAGAGAAGCUGUAUCCCCUGUCCUCAUUACCCCACCACCAGAUGGCACUGUCUCUCAGGAUACACAGGUUCAAGAUGGCAACAUCUCUUCAGAACAACCCUCACAAGAAAAGUCAGCAGAUAACAAUGUUUCUCCUGUGGAAGAGAUAACCAGCGAUGACACAAUGUCUAAUGCUCAAGGACAAGAAAGGUCAGAAAAUGGGACACCACUAAGUUUAUUGUCACAACAAAAUGGCGAAGUUGGACAAGAUGAAGCCCAGCAGAGUCUGAACUCUGUGUCAGAUACACAACUUGAGGAGUAUGACAGCAUGUCCUCUUUUAGCCAACACAAAGAGAAGCAAGAGGAAGACCUCAUACUUCAAGGUCAAUUUCCAGAUGGAAAUAGACAGGCUGAUAAUGAACAUGUUGCUAUUGGAAUGAAAGAUAAUGAUGUGGAGGAAAGGAGUAAAGACAAGGGGAAGGAGGUUGCUGAUGAUUCUGAGGAAGAGGAUUCUAGUCAAUUUGCUCAACUUAUUGUUCAGCAUGUUCUAGGCCAUGCAGUGUCAUCUUUUAAUGAAAGUGACACAUCAAUUCAUGAUGAUACAACAGAGGCAGGAUCCCAGGCAUCUCUACCUACAGAUGGGGAUGUGAAACCUGCACCCAAGGGUGUAACAGUACCCAAGUCUUCAGCAGACGAAAGUGUGAAACCAGCAAUUAAUGUUACCAUAACUAGUGAUACAGCACCACUAUUCAAUCAGGCUACUCAUACAAAGGAGAGGACAAGUGAGAGGCAUGUGUCACUGGACCAGUGUGAUGUGGAACAUGGUGCCAGAAGUCUAACUGAUAUCCAGAUUGAUAACAGCACUAACUUUGAGGACUCAUCAGGAGGGAGUGGGUUGGAAUUUCCUAAAAGAUCCAACAUCACUCUAGAUUCUGAGAUGGAGAAUGAAACUUUUGAUAUUUCCUUGGUCUCUGGUGAAAGUACUCAGACAGACAAUCCUGAACGUAUUGUUAUCCAUGGCAAAGGAACUCCGAAGUAUACUGUUGAGGAUACAAUGUCUGACACAGAUUGUAGACCGCAGGGUUUGCGCAUGUUAGCUCCCUUGGAAGCAUAUCCUGAAUUUCCUGAAAAUUAUGGUAAUUACGAAGUGUGCAGAACUGUAGGACCAAAUGAAAAAGAAUGUUUGGUUCUUGAAACAGGGGAAAAUAUCACUGUUAAAAAGAAUGUCAAAAUUUCAAAAAAGUCCACUGUUAAGGAAAUUCACAGAGGUAAUAUUGAGGAAUUCCCACUGCCAAAUGUUCGCCAGUCUUCUCACUCUCGGGAUCCAGUAGCUUCUGACGGGUCUAGAAGGCCUAGUAAUCGUAACUCUUCUCUCGACAAGAUAAGUCGUGAAAAAGGUAACAUUCCUGUGUAUACUUCUAUGUCUAGAGAGGAAAGGGAAGUGACAACACAUCCAGUAGGUAAUGGUUCAACAGACUCUGUUUUAUACAGUGUUAGUAAUGGAGAUCCUUCAGUUCUCACGCCUCAACAAAAUGGAAAACCUGUAACAUUAGAAAGCCGUUAUCAAGAUGGUAGACAACAUAGUAAUGGUAAUUUGACUUCAGAUAAUUACAGAGAUCAAUUAAAAAAUCAGGUGACAGAUACUCGUUUUGUCCAGAUGGCGGAUGGUGAUGUUGCCAUGGACCAAGGAGAUCACAGACAGUAUAGUAGGUAUGGAUCAUUGUCACAGCAAGUCAGUGAUGGUGUACAAGGUCAUAAUGGUUACCAUGGUGAUAAUGCCCAACUACAACCUCAGCUCCUAAACUCAGAAAUAUUCCAAGAUCCAGUUUCCCUCCGGUUAUCUCAAAAUUCAAAAGGCGGUGAAAGAAUUGAUCAUAGAAUUCUUCAGUCCUCAAGUUUAUAUACACCUGGUUCAGGACUUACUAGUUUGCAUGUUCCACAAGAUCAAUGUCACAAAGGACAAUCUUCAAAGUCACAGAAUGACAUUAGGCCUGACAGACAACCUACUGUGUCACAGCUUGGACAUCAGAGUGAGCUUUCUAGUGAAUUGCCUAGACAGGAUACGAGUACACAGCACAGAGGACCUCUAAUCACAGAAGAGGACCUGCAAAGGUAUAAUGUAAAUUUCACUGACCCUAGGGCCUAUCAGAGGUACCAGCAGGUACUAGCCAGGGAGAACAGUACUGGCGAAACCUAUGCUAAAUUCCCUUCAGAGUCUCAACAAGGUCAGAGUAUACAACAGGAGCCACCCAUAGACUUGGUGGACAGUAUUUACAACAGAGUGCUGCGUAAUGAAGAUUCCAGUCGCAGACACCAGCUACCACAGGGGGCAUUCGAAGGUAGUUAUCUGGACACUAGGAAUGAUCCAACUGCAUCAGCUGACUUGACAGAGACGGAGAAAGCCCUUCUGUCUCGUAUUUACAGGGAGUAUGGAGCUGAACACUUGCACACUGGUGUGCCCCAGUGGCCAAACUCCCUGAUUAAUUCCCAGGCUGUCCAAAGUAGUCAUGAGGUCUCCAUGUCUACGCCAAGUUCCGGACCAAUACCAAAUUUCAAAACUCUACAAGAGCAGCAGACCAGCUGGAUGCAGAUGUUCAAGACACUGGAAGAGAAACAUGAACAGGAGAUGAAACACCAGCGACGCCAGCAUAAGGACACCAUCUUUGAGAUGCAGCAGAAAAUGGAGAGUGAGCUAUUUGAUCAACAACAGCAGCUACGACAUAAACUCAAGAUUCACAAGCAGGCUUUGGAAGAUAGCUCAUUUAAUAACACUACUGACUCACAGGUGUCAGACAUCCACAGAUCAUCAGACAGAUCAGCGUACACAUCCCCCCGACAACAAUUGGAUCAUUCUCCAAGACAACCCCUAAACAGUGAUUCUACCAGACAUCCCCGUGAACACUCACCCUCUUGGCGUGAAAUUUACCAGGAAGUCAGGCGGUCCAUGGAUGAUCCCCUACCAGUGAGGCGAUCACUGGAUAAUGAAUUUACACUGGCCCCCAAACAAUCACCAUCACAGAGGGCCAACAGUUCACCCCCAAUGUUGACAACACCUCCAAGGUCAAGGUCACCAGAGAGAUCUAGAUCUCCAAAACCAAAAUCUCCACCGAGGUCAAGGCUUCAACGGUCUAAAUCUCCUCCUAUGUUACGGUCAUCAAGGACAAGGUCACCACAGAGGCCAAGGUCACCUGACCCAAGGUCACCACCAAGAUCAAGAUCUCCAAAAGCAAGGUCACCACCAAGAUCCAGAUCACCAAGGGCAAGGUCACCGCCCAGAAUUAGGUCAAGGUCGCCUCCAGUAUCUAGAUCCUAUCUAGAGAGGAUGACUGGAGAUCUUAGUGAGGCACCACCCAGGGCUGGUGUGUAUAGCAGUCCCAUGCCUAUACGCCGGGGGAAAAGCAGUCAAUUGAAGACAUCUGCAACAGCCAAACCUACAACACCCCCUAGAAACAAAGAGAUCUACCCAUUGAUUGUUUCCCCUUCCAUGAGUGAGAAGCGCCAGAGUUCUGUACUUCAGAGGGAGCUAGAGGACCGACAUCGUGAGCUUGUGGAGCAGCAGGAGAGCUUUGAUACAGAGCUGUAUAGUUCAGCCACCAUGUCCGACGAUGUUCAUCUUUCUUCUAGCACAAGGGUUGGAUUGAGAGAAAAGCAUGCAAAGCACAUGGCAGACCUCCGAGAGUACUACGAGAAAGAGCUUCAGGCUCUGAGACAAGCACUUAAGGCAUCUGAUAGUGACACAGUUAGUGGACACAAGUCACUUCAACAUUUGGUGUCAGAAAAUGAAAGUCUUCACCUUGAGAUUGGGUUACAGAGAGAGAAAAUUAUUGAAUUGGAGGACAAAUUAAACACCUCAAAUAGGACAAACUAUGAGAUUGAACAGAAAGUAAAGGCUUUAGAGGACAGGGCUGUUGAAUAUGCAGACUUUUACAAAGAGGCCCAGGGCAAGAUUUCCACAUUCCGCUGCACAGUAGAGGAACUUCAGUACCGUAUUGGAGAGAAGGAUGAUUUAUUAGAACAGCUGAAGGCAGAGAACAAUGCACACAAAAACAACCUCAAGAAGGCUAAAAAAGUCCAAGAGGAUCAGGCAACCUAUAUCCACCGUGAUCGUACUGCUCUCGAGAAGUUGGUAGAACAGUUCCAGGCCAAUGAGAGGGAGCGUGCUAUUCUUAAGGAAUCUGUCAAUGACCUAGAAAAUAAGUUAUAUGAUGCCAGGACAGAAAAUGUGGAAAUGAAGAGAAUUACUACCAAGCUUGAGUUGGAGAACAAGAGGCUGGGCCGAGAAAAUGAUAACCUACAUCACAAGAUUUCUCAGGGUGUCAGUCACAAUAUAUCAGGUUCCAUCUACAACAGUCUGCAUGAGUCCUUAGGGGUCCAGCAGGAAGCUUUAGCCUUGGAUCACCGCCACCCUUCUCCUGCCAGACCCUCUGUUCGUAAGCCCAGCCCAACCAGAAAUCAGUUUGAAAAUAACAGUAGCUACCAUACCUCAUCAAGGCGGCAUCCCCCAUCAGACAGUCGCACUCCUUCUAGGACAGAACCUGUAUCAGCUCCCUAUGUGGAGAGUAAUGGAGUGGACAAUUCUGUUCGCCAGAGUCAGGAGAAUAUCCUCAAUGGUUCCUUCCACAGAACCGAGGACACACUGUAAGUACAAACACCACCGAGAAAUACCAGGUCAAGAUUAGAACCAGAGAGAGAGGAGGAACUACUAUCUGUGUCGUCUCCAGUCAUGCGUGCAGAAGAGGAACUUUAUCGCCUACGGGACGUCUUACGGAACUCUCCUACACCGUCAAGGGAACCUACUCAGCCAAAGUUACAGAAGAAGUUCUAUGGUAGUGAUGUGAUUACGCAAAGUCGUCGGACAGAGAUGUCCCCUGAUAGGCUGUCUGACAGUGUAAAACCAAAGAAAAAGUCUGCAUCUAAUUCCCCGUUAGUGAAAUCGUCAAAGCAUUCCAAAUCAGAUACAACGCACUCUAAAACAAAAUCCUCGUCACGCAGAACUACAUCAGGCAAAGAUCACAGCGGGAAAGAGGAUUUUUCUAGUCAGACAAGAUUUGAUAUCCAUUCUGACAAUCAGGUGACAAGAUCACCAGGUGAUGGUCAGCCCAAACCUAACGGUGUUGUAAGGACAAAUAGGAAACCACCAGGAGGUGAUAACUCCAAUGCUACCCGCACAGAGGACAGAAAGAAAAAGAAAGAAGGUGUAGAGCCGGCUAUGACUGUGGACGAGAUGCUGGACCGGGUAAAAGCUGGGGACUAUCUCUCUAGACCAGACUGGGAAGAUAAAUACACGUCUAUGGCCUCUAAACCAAAGGCUGCACCAGCCUCUCCACGACAACCUACUUCUCGUGAAGACAGAAUCAAGGAUAGACUUAGAUCUAUAGGGGACAUGGAACAUCGAUAUGAUGACCUUAAUACUGAGAAACGCCAGCUUGAAUCUGCACUCAGUCGGUUACCAUCCCACGGGAAAAGUAGGAAAAAGAAAGAGGAAUUAGAGGAAAACCUUGACCGAGUGGAACGUGAACUAGGGUCCGUGAGAAUGUCAUUAAAGAGGUACAAUGUCCUCAAGUCUACAAUAUAACUCUACAGAAGGAUGGGAGAACUGGUGUCUGUGAGAAUGUCACUGGAGCAGUACAGUGUUCUCAAGUCUACAAUAUAACUCUACAGAAGGAUGGGAGAACUGGUGUCUGUGAGAAUGUCACUGGAGCAGUACAGUGUUCUCAAGUCUACAAUAUAACUCUACAGAAGGAUGGGAGAACUGGUGUCUGUGAGAAUGUCACUGGAGCAGUACAGUAUUCUCAUGUCUACAAUAUAAUUCUACAGAAGGAUGGGAGAACUGGUGUCUGUGAGAAUGUCACUGGAGCAGUACAAUGUCCUCAAGUCUACAGUUUAAUUCUACAGAAGGAUAGGAGAACUGGUGUCUGUGAGAAUAUCACUGGUGUUGUACAGUAUCUUCAAGUCUACAGUAUAAUUCUACAGAAGGAUGGGAAAACUGAUGUCUGUGAGAAUAUCGCUGGUAAAGUACAAUGUCCUCAAGUCUACAAUAUAACUCUACAGAAGGAUGGGAGAACUGGAGUCUGAGAAUGUCACUGGUGUUGUACAGUGUCCUCAAGUCUACAGUAUAAUUCUACAGAAGGAUGGGAAAACUGAUAUCUGUGAGAAUAUCGCUGGUAAAGUACAAUGUCCUCAAGUCUACAAUAUAAUUCUACAGAAGGAUGGGAGAACUGGUGUCUGUGAGAAUGUCACUGGAGCAGUACAAUGUCCUCAAGUCUACAGUUUAAUUCUACAGAAGGAUAGGAGAACUGGUGUCUGUGAGAAUAUCACUGGUGUUGUACAGUAUCUUCAAGUCUACAGUAUAAUUCUACAGAAGGAUGGGAGAACUGGUGUCUGUGAGAAUGUCACUGGAACAGUA